AUGACGGAGGUGCAUUUCAAGUACCAUGGAAAUCUCACUGGCCGCGCCCAUUUCCCCACCCUGGCAACAGAGGUUGAUAACACUUCCGAUAAGUAUUCCAACCUCUACAUGUAUGUGGGCUUAUUCCUGAGCCUCCUAGCCAUUCUCCUCAUCCUGCUCUUCACCAUGCUCCUUCGGCUCAAACAUGUCAUCUCACCCAUCACUUCCGAGAGCACAGAAAGCGUUCCUCAAUUCACAGAUGUAGAGAUGCAGAGUCGGAUCCCCACUCCUUAAAGCCGGGAUGAAUAUGAGCUUUAGUGGAUCUCAGUGAACCCUUCUAUGGUGAU